GCUAAACCUAACUGGCGUCGAUAAAGAAACCAAUAAAAACAACAAAAUAAAACGAGCCAGGAAUUCAAGAAGCUUUUGCAUUCCUGCCACAUCUUUAUAGCUUCACCACGAUGCCCUGCACGACUGACAACAACUCCAAGCCCAAGUCCAUGAGCAGAGCCAGAGGGUGGACGGCAGAGGUGGAAAAUCUGUUCAGAUUCCAGCAGGCCGGCUACAGAGACGAAAUGGAGUACAUUCAAGUUAAACAAGGGGCCAUGGUCGACAAAUGGCCCGAGAGCGGCUUCGUGAAGAAGCUCCAGCGUCGAGACAACACGUUCUUUUACUACAGUAGGAAGAGAGAAUGUGAGGACCGUGACGUCAACAAAGUCAUAGUUUAUGCAUAUUGAGGUGUUCUGGACUUCAUCAACUUCUUAUUUUGAUAAUAUAACUGGAUAGAUAGAUAUAAAUAGAUAUAAAGUGACCUGUCAACACACACUAGAGGCACAGAAGAAGAAGGGGACCUCUCUGUUUGGUUUUCAAUAAAGG